GCCGAAAACCACCAGUUCGGUUGGAGGAACCAUACAGAUUCCGCUUUCCGAGCUGGCCCACACGGCUCUUCCCCGUCCCUUCGUAACUCAGUAACCUAUCCUUGUUGCAGUAUGCAUUGCAUACUGCAGCAUGCGUGCCAUGGCGCUCUCCGGCCUAGCUGCUGAAGCUCUCAGAACUCCCAACUCAUCAGGGACGGAGUACGGAUACAUGGUGCAGUACCAUACAAGCCGUCGUCCACACCAACGCAGAGGAACCGCCAGCAUCGCGCGAUCCCGGCACGCAGCCAUUGGCCAAAGCCAAGGACUUCAUACGGUAACACACAUGCGGCCAUCAGAACUGCUCCCGCAACCCACCAGCUGCUUGUCGAUGUCCGACGUGUACGGAGUGGUGUAUGAGAGAUCACCACCGUCUCCUUGGCCGGAUCCUGCCAGAGUCCACAUUGAUAGGAUCUUCGCCAAUGCGGUUGCCGUUCUCCGGAGCAGCCAGUUGCGAGAACCUUUUUCGGACGCCUUUUGCCCACCUCUGGAGACCGCCAUAUGACGAUGGCCAACUGUUUCACCACAGCUUCAAGUUUGGCCGCCAAAUACCGUUAUCGAGCCUAGUGUCCGGGCAUUAUACGUCUCCCGACCAUAGCCAGCAACAUCUCGU